AUGCCACCCGGGCUCCCCGCAGUUCCGUCGCCCCGCAGCCCCCGCCGCCCCUCCACGCCGCUCUGCUCAGACCUGCAGCGCUCGGCUCGCCGCGCCCAGGCCGGCUGGGGACGCCGCCGCCGCCUCCGCCACCGCCGGGAAGCGCCGGCUCCUCCCGAGUCACACCGCCUCCGGAGCUGCGGCGGGGCGCUGGGAGGGGACAGGGGGCGGAGGGCCGGGAGGAAGAAGGCGGGGAGCAAAAGUUCAGGCCGCUCCGGGCCUCGCCGCGCCCCCAUCUCCUCCCAGGCCCGCCCACGCGGUCCCCCUCCCGGAACCCGGUCCCACGGGCUUCCGCGCCUGGGAUCCCCCACCCCACGCCUCCCCGCCCGGGGCAGCCGAGGGACUGGAGCCAGGGCAGGAAGGUGGCCCCGAACCCGAGUCGGGGAGAGAGUGGCGGAUAGCAAACAUACCAACCUGCACCGAGCUGCGCCUGGAAACUUCCCCGAAGUGCGCCGGGGAGCGGAGCGCAUGGCUGGGGAAUCCCCACCCCCACCUUCACCCCACGCGCGCUCCUAG